AUGGCGUCGGCAACAGUUCUAACAACGCAGCCCAUCUCCCUCGACCGACUCCGAGUCAGCGAUUCUACAGAUGAAGACGCGAUACAGACAACCACCCAGGCCACCGAAGAAAACAAUGCAUCCCCUCCUGAAGUUCGACCGCGCUGGUCGGAUCGAAUCCUAGCUCAAGGCCCCUGGGAUCAGAAAGUGACCCCAGACAUGCUCAAAGGAGCCCCCAGCCUGCCGAUGCCAGUCGAGAUCAGCGAUGCAAAGUCUCUUGCGCCUUUCUUCAACCAUCUCAAACACGGCGGCAGCUAUGAGAUAGCGUCUGAUGCUGCAGUCCAGAGCCAGCAGGCAUCCGAGCCUUACUACAACGUCCCGACCCUGGAGUUUGAUAAGGGGGUACUGUACGAAGACGGCCGGAUGGAUCUGUGCAAGAUGGCUCUUGGUCCGCCACAUAUCUCGACCCUGAUGCACAGUCUGCGAUCAAACACAUUCGUGCGGCAUUUCCUGCUAGGAAAUAACAUCAUCGGCCCAUCUGGGGCACAGGCAAUCGCAGACUUCGUGCAGGAAUUCCCCGACCGCAUUGAUACCUGGUAUCUAGCCGGGAAUUGCAUAGACGGAGCAUCGCUUGCACUCUUGACUGAUGCACUGGUCAAGUCGCCCGCCGUUACAAAUCUCUGGCUCAAGAGAAAUCCCCUCGGCCCAGGGUCGGUUGAUUCCCUCUUCCGCCUCAUCACACAGACUCCAAGGCUCCGGACAUUGGAUCUGGAUCAGACAGAGCUUGGCGAUGCAGGCGUUGCUGCUCUGUUCACUCGAUUGGCGGAAUAUGUUCCUCCUACACCCUUGCCAAUGAGAAUCCUGUACCUGUCCGCGACUGGGAUAUCAAGUGCGGCCUGCGAGGCAAUUUCCAGGUACCUGGCCUCGCCGCACUGUUCUAUCACCUCUUGGUACAUGUCCAGCAAUCCGAUCGGUGACGCAGGGGCAAAAGCGCUAGCUACGGGGCUGCAGCAGAAUAAGACACUGCAACGUCUUUCUCUGCAAUCGAUUGGCCUGACUGACGAGGGGGCGACAGUAUUGAUUUCAUCCCUGCAGGGUCAUCCUGCGUUGCAGACUCUGGAUAUCAGUCAGGCCUAUUCCACGCAGGACUUGAAUGCGAGAUUCAAUUAUCUCUCGGCGGAAUGCACAAUCAACGCCCUCUCCUCCCUGGUGACUUCAUCAACGCCUCUCUCCUACCUCGCCCUCGGCCCACAAUCCUUUUGCACCACGACCGCCUUGCCCCUGAUGACUGCCGCGCAGGAGUCCAAGUCGAUCAUGUAUCUCUCCCUCAAGCCGCUCAUCCCGUCGCGGUCCACUCCGAAAGAUAACAGACGAUUCGCCAGUUUGUCCAAGGCGUUGAGAACGCACAGCUUGUCCAACAUCCGUGUGCGCUUCGAUAAGCCCACCAUGACUUAUCAAGAGUGGGAGGAUGACCUCAAACGGUGGUGCAUUAGCGAUGAAGUCAGCGUGCGUAAGAUUGACAGCGUGUACCGCAAUCGGGCGGCGCAAAAGGCACGCAGGGGUGAGGAGGUUUUGCAAAAAUGGUGGUCAGAGGAGGAGAGGGGGGUUCUUGAGGGAGUCUUGCAGGCAUAA